AUGUCUGCCUACAGACUGCUCUUCUCCCAUCAAGCCAUGGUUGGGAUGGUACUGCUCAUAGCUCUCUGGCUCCUGAUGUCUCAUUUCCUGUUGUCUUCAAGCAGGGUAUGGGACACUGGUAUAUGGUCCCUGAGUGGAGCCCUAGCGCCCCACUCCAAACUCACGGUCCUUAUCUGGCACUGGCCCUUUAACAAGUUCCUGCCAUUGGAUGGUGAUGUCUGUGCUCGCUAUGGUGUGGCCAACUGCUGGCUCAGCACUAACCGUAGCCUCCUCCGCCGGGCUAGCGUAGUCGUCUUCCACCAUCAUGAACUCCAGAAUGGGGCCAUCCGGCUGCCUUUGGCUCAGCGGCCCCUGAGGCAGCCCUGGGUAUGGGUCAACCUCGAGUCUCCAAGCAAUACUCAUGGGCUUUCCCGUUACCGGAACAUUUUCAACUGGGUCAUGAGCUACCGGCGGGACUCUGACAUCUUUGUGCCCUACGGAGAGCUGGUGCCCCGGGAUGGACCUGAAGUCCCUGUGCCGACCAAGAACCGCACGGCUGCCUGGGUCAUCAGUAACUACAGGCGGACGCAGAGGCGGGUGGUGCUAUACAGACAGUUGUCUAAAUAUCUCCAGGUGGACGUCUUUGGCCGCGCUAACAGGAAGCCGCUCUGCGCCAACUGUCUCUUGCCCACCCUUGCCCCCUACCAAUUCUACCUGGCCUUCGAGAACUCCCAGCACCGGGAUUACAUCACCGAGAAGCUGUGGAGAAACUCUCUGAGUGCAGGGCUUGUGCCCGUGGUGCUGGGCCCUCCCCGGGCCACCUAUGAAGCCUUUUUGCCCGCCGAUUCCUUCGUGCAUGUUGAUGACUUCAGCUCAGUCCGGGAACUGGCCACCUUCCUGAAGAGCAUGAAUGGCAGCCAUUAUCAGCGCUUCUUUGCAUGGCGUAAGAGGCUGGCUGUGCGGCUCUACAGUGACUGGAGGGAGCGCUUCUGUGGCAUCUGUGCCCGCUAUCCCCAUCUGCCCCAGGACCAGGUCUACAGUGACUUAGAAGCCUGGUUUAAAUCAUAA